CCAAAACUAUAGUAAAUGUAUGUAAAACACAUGACGUAAAGUGUCUAGAUAGUCAGACACAAGGGAAAUGACGCAUCAAACGCCAUGUAGUUCUAGUUUUGUAGGUUCAAAUGCAUGUCGGACAACAGUGGAGUAAUAUAGAAGGUUGUGAAACCGAGAAGCUUGUAGACACACCCAAGCCAGGGCCGCCUUAACACGUUGGACCAGUGAUGGCUUCCACAAGGUGUGUCCCGCCUCCCUCAAGCUGAACCGUGUGUGUGUUCACCUCCUCCUCCUCUUCCCCGCCAGGGUGUUGUCACCGAGGAACACAACCCGAGCAGAGGCACGCGUCAGCGCCAGGACCCUGCGACUCUCUGGAGGAGAUUAACGAUUAAUGCCCCCACGUCACUGCCUUUUUGGUCGAAUAAUUCAUCGCGCUCCAACUGGGAUUAUUCCCGAUAUACACUCCUGCAACCUAUCCGGUUCCUGACCGAGACGUCGGAGGUUCUGUUGCAGCCAUGGGGGACGUUGUUUCAUCUCACCUGGAUGAAGGCAAGCGGGAGAUGAUUACAGGAAGGACCAGAGAUGUGAUGAGACAGUUCAGUGACGUGUAUGAACAGCAGUACGCAGUUGCUCUCUUCAACAGCGUCCGCUACGAGAUUGAAGGAGGAGGUGGGCCACAGUCGCAGCUGCUACACAGGAAGGACCCUUUGGCUGGCCGAUCAAUCUUUUCAGGGAAUUUGUUUCAGUAUCUAGAGGAGAAUCGCAAGUGGAGAAAUCGCUUUGUAUCAGUGCCAAACAACUACAGCAUCAACCUCUAUGAGAGCAAAACAGCACAGGAGCGGGGACUGCAUCCCAAAGUAACCAUCAACUGUGCCGGCUACAAGGCCUUGACCUCCAUGGAGGAGUAUAUUGAACUGAUUAACAACAGCCUUCCAGGUAUUAAAUCGAAUUUGGGAAGCAGUCCUUUUAUCAAGUGUGCGACUCAGUUCCCUCUCAUCUUGUGGCACCCGUACGCUCGCCAUCAUUACUUCUGUGUGAUGACUGAGAAGGAGCAGCAGAAGUGGCACGCUGUUUUGCAGGACUGUGUCCGACACUGUAACAAUGGUCUGCCAGAGGACUGUACUGUUCAGACACCGGCAUUCACCGACACUGUGAGGCUGCAUAGACAAGCCAAGGGACACUAUGGGACUUGGGAUAUGAUGUGUGGAACUCCACCACAGAUUCUGGCGAACCUUGUGAUGGAGACCCUCCAUCCUGAGCUGAGGAAUGUGAUUGGGCCUCGCCUGAAGGGGAAGACGCAGCAGAAACAGAGAAAUUGGAUGUUUAUAUCGGAUGCAGUUUACAGGCAGGUUUUGGCCCAGACCACCAGUCAAUAUGAUGCUCUGCUUGAAGCCUGUGAGUCUCAGAAGACUGUACUGGAUGCGAGGCUGAGGACCAACAUGGACCAAGUCAUUGCCUCUAAAGAGCAUGUCAGCAGCAAGAUUCGAGCCUUGGUGUUGCCCAAAGCAGAGUCUCUCCUGAAGAGGAGCGUCCAAACUUAUAUCAGCUCCAUCUUGGAGGCCCUGAUGGAGCCCACCAGCCGAGGUUUCUCAGAGGUCAGAGAGGUUUUCUUCAGGGAGGUGGUGGAGAUCAGCAAGAACUUGUUAAAUGGAGGAGGCAAAGAGAAACUGGGAGAGCACAUGGAGAGGCUUUCCAUGCUUGCCUUCCACCCGGUCAAAAUGCAGAGUUGCUACGAGAAGGUGGAGGAGCUCAACCUGGAGGGGCUGCAGGAAAGGUUCGACAUAUCCAGCCCCUCUGUGUUUGUCAGCAGGGCUCAGAUCCUCAUGAGGGAGCAAAUGGACAAUGCAGUACACACCUUUGAGCAGCUGCUGCAGCAGUCUUUGGCUGCUCAGGGAGACAAUGACUUGUGCAAAACCAUCCAAGGGUGCCAAGACAGAGUUCUGAAGAAAUAUGAUUAUGACAGCAGCACAGUACGCAAGAAAUUCUUCAGAGAGGCUCUGCUACAGAUCAUAAUCCCUUACAUGCUACAGCAGCUCUGUCCAUCUUGCACACCCGAGCUGCCGCGUUUUAAAGAGCUCAUCUUUGCGGAUUUUUCGCGCUUCCUGCUUGUGGAAAAUAUGUUUGAAGAGGUGGUGCUGCAGUCCGUCACGAAGGACAUAAUGAUGGCUGUGAAGGAGGCUGCCGUGCAGAGGAGGCACAACCUCUACAGGGACAGCAUUGUGAUGACCAACAGCGACCCCAACCUUCACCUACUUGGAGAAAAUUCACCGGUGGACUGGGCUGCCAAAUUUGGUAGCGAGGAGUCCAACGGUUCCAACAGCGGUAGCGAGGAUGGCGGUUCUGGUAAAAGACGCAAGCAGGUGGUGUCCAUGAUCCAACUGGAUGGAGUACCUCUGCCGUAUGAGUCAUGUUUGGAAGUUCCAGGGGUGGAGCUCAUCCCGGAAGAGGACUCUUGUGCAUCCAAAGAGGAGGAAGAAGCCAAUCUGGACCUGUGCAAGGAGCCCAAGUCUCCUGAUAGUGUGGAGGAAAUCCGAGAUCUCAUCAAUCCCGUGGUGGAGGUGGUGCUUCCGGACGAAGCCCACGGCGACGCCACCAACGGGACGGUCACCCUGGAGGACGGCGCGCAGGAGGAGGUGAGCCACGUCACCACUGUCAUGGAGGAUGUCCCGCAAGACAGGAGAUCUCCACGGUCGCUCCUUCGGCAGCUGGUAGGAAACAGGAACCAGGAAGCUGAGAAGGAGGAAGCGGCCAUUAAAAGCGCCAUUGAGGAGAUAGAGUUAGCGGUACAGGAAGGCGACGGCAAACAAACUGCGGGGUCUGCUUCUGAUUCGUCAUCACCGCCUCCGUCGGCGAAAGACUCCAGCCCACGCGAGGAGGCGGUCAGAAAGAGCCUGAACGGGGAGGACACCAUCAUAGAUGCUGUAGAGGUGGAAGUGGUCGUUUCGUAGGAGACUUUGAUGACUUUGAUGUAUGUUAUUGCUUUGUUGAUGUUGCACACUUGGAAGACCAGUCGUAUGCUGGAGACUCUUGCUGUCUUUAAUAAUUACCAUGCAAGCUUCUUUCGUAUUUUAUAUAUGACACUGAACACGCCACAUUUUUAUAAUAAUCUGGACCUGACUGCGGGAUACUUUAAAACAUUUACAAUAAGCGAGACAGUUAUUAAAUAAUUGUUUACAGUCGUCCAUCAGCAGGGGGUGUCAUAACAUAACCCAGCAUACUUGGAUUGAUAUGUCUUUUAACUACUACAGUUUUUCAAACUAUUCUAUAUUUUUGUAAGUGUCUUUUUGUAUUUAUACCGUGGUCUUUACUUGUGUGUUUUAACAAGUUAUCUUCACUUAAUGUAAAACAGAUGGUCCUCGGGUUACGAACGAGUUCUGUUCCUGGACUACGAGUAAGUCGGAAUUUAGACAUAAACUAUACCUAAAUUAACUCCUCAGUCACUCACACUGUACACAGAAGUCAUGAAGGACGUAUAAAAUACUGUAACAACAAGACUCAAUACAAGAAUUAAGUAUCCUAGAUCACCUUGUAACAGCGCAAAGGAUCCAUGACCCCUCUUUAUCCUGAAAGAUGGUGGCAAUAGCGAACCAUGGGGACCAAAAGAGCGGCUAACAUUGGUGGGCAUUUCUCCUCUCUGAGGUUUUUAUGAUGUUCAUUUUCACUUAAGUGGUGAUGGCUUUCCUUUCUUUGGCGCACUACCACUUGGGAGACAUAAUGAAGUCCAGAAAUGUAACUAAUAAGCAGUGUUGUUCUUCCUCAGUGGGGCUGCGCAGGCACACACUGUAUUCAUCCGCUCCGUGCAAGGCACACACUGCAUUCUUGUGCUUCACUUGGCAUGUAUUCUUUUGCUGGCGCACGCUGUAACAAGGUCUCAAGCAACUUUUGUGUUUACAGACCAAAAUUUUGUUGUAAACAUCGUAAACCGAGGACCACCUGUAGGUGUUUCUUUGAACCUAUAACCGCAAGUAGGCGAUAUAAACCUGAAGAUUUGUGACUUCCAGCAGUGUUCAAAUCUUACUUUGAUAUUGGCCCAGUUUCAAACAUUGGAGGUGUUUUCUUAAGCACGUUUUCUUAUUUCAUGUUUCUUACUAAGUGUCAAUUUUUCUCCACUCCAAUUGUUACUGAGAGCCGUAAUUGUAUGUACAGAAUUUUGAAUUUAGAAUGGCUGGCUGGAGAAAAAGCCUAAUGGAUGUUUCCGUUACGAGUGUCCAAAGUACACCGCAGGGGCCAUUUUCAGCCCUAAGCUCGUUUUUUCACCGGAAAAUGUUUGGAAUUUAUUGCGUUAUGACAUUUUUCUAAACUUUAGGAAGAAAAAUGUAGUAGAAAAGGAAUCUCCUCCAGCAGCUGUAUCGGGCAUGUCGAGAAGAGAGUUGCAAGUCCUUCUCACUUUUUUAAAAAUAGUUUAUGGUUAGCUGUAAAAUCACCUACAUUUCUCCAGUUUUACAGACCUUUUGAUCCAUACUUUAAAUAAACUGCAAUUUAAAGCACAGACACGCCCCCUGUUUUAUUUAUUCUGAACACCUCCGUGAUUGUGCUUCCCAGAAAUGUCUUAUGUUUGUGUCAUCUUGAUAUAUGUAUGGAAUAUGUACUGCUUAAUAAAGUUA